AUGACCAUUGAGAACUGCACUGUGUUUACUGACUUUGUAUUCUUAGGACUUUCUGGCAGACAGGACGUGCAGCAGGGCCUCUUUAUACUUUUCCUCUUGGUUUAUGGUGUAACUGUGAUCGCCAAUCUAGGGAUGAUCCUGCUGAUCAGGAUGGACCCCAGACUUCAGACACCCAUGUACUACUUCCUGAGCAAUCUGUCUUUCUGUGAUGUCUGCUACUCCUCCACUGUCUCUCCCAAGAUGCUGGCUGAUUUCUUAUCUAAACAAAAGAGGAUUCCAUAUAAUUUAUGUGCAAUUCAGAUGUAUUUUUUCGGGGCCUUUGCAGAUGUGGAAUGUCUCAUGCUGGCUGUCAUGGCUUAUGAUCGUUACGUUGCCAUUUGCAAUCCACUUCUUUAUACAAUCACCAUGUCUAGGAGGAUGUGUACCCAGCUAGUGGUCAUUUCCUACAUUGUAGGGUUGGUAGAUUCUGCGAUCCAUACCCGCUGCACAUUUAGGUUGUCAUUCUGUAAUUCUAAUGUCAUCAAUCACUUUUUCUGUGACAUCCCACCCUUGCUAGCCCUCUCUUGCUCAGAUACAUCCAUCAAUGAGAUAGUGAUGUUCACUUUCAUUGGCUGUGUUGUGGGGUGCAGCAUUAUAACUGUCCUUCUCUCCUACAGCUACAUCAUAGUUACCAUCCUUAGAAUGAACUCAACGGAGGGAAGAUACAGAGCCUUCUCUACAUGUGCCUCCCACUUGAUGGCCGUGGUUGUAUUUCAUGGCACACUCCUGUUCAUGUAUUUCCGACCCAGCUCGAGUUACUCAAUGAACACAGACAAAAUGGCCUCUGUUUUCUACACCAUUGUCAUACCUAUGUUAAAUCCACUGAUCUACAGCUUAAGGAAUAAGGAUGUGAAAGGUGCUCUGAUAAAAGCAUUAAAAACCAAAUUAUGUUCUGGAUGA